UUCUUCCCAUUUGGAAGCACUGACCAAGCGGCUCAAGCCCAAUAUUUUUGCCUGCAGUGGGAAUCGAACCAGCGUCUUUGUAUUGGUGAUUUGAGACUUGAAUGGGUGAGCAUGGCCGCCAUAGCAAGCACGGCUUUCUUAACGGGCAGUGGUGCCGUGAGUGUAAGCACCGCCGGGCCGAUUUUAUCCGCCACGGGCUCUACGGGCUCGUCGUCCAGCAAUGGUCCUAAUGCGAGUGCCAGUGGCAGUAGCAGUGCGAACAACAAUGCGGCAAAUAUGUAUCGUAUCGGGGAUUAUGUGUAUUUUGAAAACUCAUCGUCCUCCUGUUACGCUCUCCGUCGGAUUGAAGAGUUGAGCAAGACGUCCUCGGGCAAUGUGGAGGCCCGGGUCAUGUGCUUCUACCGGCGGGCGGAGAUUCCGGUGACGUUGCAAGCCCAGGCUGAUCGGCAUCAUUGGGGGGACAGCGCUCAUGUGGGAUCCAAUGACUCCAAUUCUACCCACUCUAACGAGGACGACUCCGAGGAUGAAGAGGAGAAAGAGCGGAACGCCGAGCGAGCCGCCUUCAAGCUCCGCGAAGUGUUCCUCACACGUCAAGUGGAAACUCUACCCGCCACGCUCAUCCGGGGCAAAUGCUCCGUGACUCUCCUGUCGGAAGUGGAGACCGUCGAGUCCUACACCAAACGGGAUGACGCCUUCUUCUACGCCCUCGUGUACGAUCCCACGCAGAAGACUUUGGUGGCGGAUCGCGGCGAGAUCCGCAUCGGAUCCGCCUAUCAAGCCACGGUUCCCGCGCUCUCCAAGGCCAAUCCGAAGAAAGACGGACGAGAAAUGGAGGACCUGGAGGACAUGCUGUGGAAUCCUAACGAGUCCAAACUGACCACGGAGGACAUUGACAAGUUCCUGAUCAUUGCGCGGAGUGUGGGCACUUUUGCACGAGCCCUGGAUUGCAGUUCCUCCGUGAAGCAACCGAGUUUACAUAUGAGUGCGGCUGCGGCCUCUCGGGACAUCACCUUGUUCCACGCCUACGAUCUUUUGCACAAGUACAACUACAAGUUGGACGAUGCCAUCAAGUCCCUGGUCCCUGGUUCUGGGCCCAUGCUAUGCCGUGACGAGAUGGAGGAUUGGUCGGCGUCCGAGGCCAAUUUGUUUGAGGAAGCCAUCGAGAAAUACGGCAAAGACUUCAACGACAUCCGCAAGGACUUCUUGCCUUGGAAGUCCAUGAGAAACAUCAUUGAAUAUUUCUUCAUGUGGAAGACCACGGACCGCUACGUCCAGCAGAAGCGGGUGAAAGCCGUGGAGUCGGAAAACAAGCUCAAGCAAGUCUACGUCCCUACGUACACCAACAAGACCACCCGCCUGACCGGACCCAGUGGCGAGAUCAUCAUCCGCGGUAAGGACUGCGACGCCUAUCCAACCCUGGCCAAGUACUCGUGGCUGCAGUAUAAGAAAUACGGCAAGUUCGUGCCCGCCACUCUCACCGACGACAGCUUCAUCUUGGACAAGAGCUCGUUCACGAGCACCACACCCGCCCGGCUUGCCCUCCUGCGUCCUGGUCUCAUUAUCGAGCCAGGCUCGCCCGCCAAGGCCUCGUCUGGUAAGACGCGCGCCGCCUUCUUCCUCAAGACCACGCCCAUCACGCGCGCCUCUCGGCGAAUCUGUAUGCACGUGGCGCGCCUCAAGCACGCCGCACGCAAACCGGGCAAGCCCAUCGAUAUGAAGGCCCUCAAGACCGAGACUCUCGCCAAGGUCAAAACCCUGGAUCCGGACAAGAUCCGUAAACUCAACAGCUUCACGGUGCCGCGGCGGAUCAACAUGAACGCUGUAGUGCGCAAGCUCGGCCUGACCAACCAAGACGUGCAGGAGUGGCUCGUGCUCACUCCCAAGAGCCAGCUACCUCAGCCCGCCAAAGAGUCAUUCCCACGUCCCAGUAAGCGAGCUGACGGCAGCUACAUCUACGAGCGGAUCCCCAGCGCCGCCGAUCUCACCCGCACCACCCAGCCGCACCAGAUGCUCUACAAGAAGCGCGCCUACGACGCCGUCGACGGGUCUAGCUCAGGAGGGCACUCGCAUUUCGCUAAGAUCCAACGGACCGCGCCACCCAAUCAGGUUCCGGGGAAAAGUCGGAUCGCCACGCUGACCCGCGUGCAAGGUGGCCAGAGACAGGUCAUCAGCUGGAUGGACGCGCCGGACGACGUAUUCUAUAAGGCCACGGCCGUAACUAAACGCAUGCGAAAGAAGUUCAGCACGUUGACCUUGAGGAGAGCGGCCCGGAAGCCCUUCAAACGAUGCUUGGCCAACAUGAUGUAAAACCAGAGCGCAAGCAGAGUGCAAGCCAGAAAGAGAGAGAGAGAGAGAGAGAGAAACGUUCCGCAUUCCCGUCACAGCACGUACAAAAAAAAGAGACUCUUUUCGUUUUUCUGUCAGUUUCUUGGUCUUCAAUCACCUGACUUGUGUAUAAUGUUUAAUCUCAGUGACCCGUUAUUUUUCGUCCCCUUUCAACCCCUACAUACACACACACACAUACGCCCCGUCGUAGACAUUUUCCAUCGUGCUCCCAAUCCUCUCUGUAAUGGAACUCUAAUAAAGUAUGUUGUACAGUAUUAA